AUGGCAGGACAUGUUGCUGUAAUUGGCUUGACUGGGAGCAUAUGCUCAGGCAAGUCAACGAUUGCCACCUACCUGAAGGAGGAGCUGGGUGCGGUGAAGAUCGAUGCUGAUCUGUUGGGCCACCAGGCCUAUGCACCUGGCACGGAUGCUUACCGCCAGGUCGUGGAGACCUUCGGCAAGGGCGUGGAGCUCGAGGAUGGGAGCGGCAUCAACCGACGGGCGCUGGGUGCCAUCGUCUUUGGCCAGAAGGACAAGAUGAAGCAACUCACCGACAUCGUGUGGCCGGCCAUCCGAAAGCUGGCUCUGGGUGCCUUUGAAGCCGUGCGCGAGGAGGCCAAGCACAGCAACGAAGACAGAAUCGUCGUGUUUGAAGCCGCGGUUCUGGUUGAGGCCGGUUGGCAGGAUGUGGUCGAUGAGGUAUGGGUGCUGGAGCUCCCGGUAGAAGUGGCCAAGCAGCGACUGAUGAACAGGAAUUCGCUAUCGGAAGCUGAUGCGCUCCAACGGAUUAACUCUCAGCUGAGCAACGAGGAGCGCACGAAGGGAGCGCAUGUGGUGAUCAGCGCGGACGGCACUCCCGACGAAGUGAAGGCCCGAGUGCACGAGGAGUGGCAGAAGUUCCUCGAGCGGAAGCACGUUCACCCCAAGCCCUAA